AUGGUCAAGGGAAGUCCCUUGAAACUCAACAAAUUCCCCAGCCAGCACCAAAACCCAGUGGGAAAGCUUGGCAUGGGGUUUGACAGUGAAAUAAAGGUCCAUUCCUAUAACAAUUGGAGCACCAGGCGGCCUGAUGUCAAUAAAUUGAUACAUGAGGCAAUGGAACUACCCAAGAUCCUUACUGUCCUGGUGGGGACGUCCCCCAUCCUUGUUCUCAGUAACCUCAAAAUUGUGGACAGCAUGAGUCCCCACUUUGCAUCCAUGGGCCAGGUGGACACAGGAAUGGAGGAACUGGAGGGAACCAUCAUUUCAGCACUUGUCUAUUUUAGCGAGGCAAAGAACCACUUUACGGAGUUCAGCAGCCACAUAGCAUUUGCUUUUAAAAAGGUGGCCACAACCAUAAGGCCAAAGCAACAAGAAAAUCCCCAACCCCAACCCCCCCGACUGCCAAGCCCCAUCAUUCUUGUUCCCAAAACUCUCAACAAGAGUAUCCUGGAUCAAUCAGGGUUAAUAGCCAUGACCCCUGCAUCAUGGGGUCCUUUGUCACUUCCUCCAUCAGUAAAUCCUGUCCCCUCAUCCAGCUCUUUAGCACCCAUGAGCCCCCAGCCUUCACACUCUCCUCUCCCUCAGAGCCCACCACCUUCCAUAUCCAUAUCCUGCUCACGGCGCAGGAGACAACCUAGUAAGGAGUCCUUAUCGCCUCCCCUGGAGAGGCAGUCCAAUUCAGAGCUCUCCACACAUGAUGAUGCCAGCCUCAUUGGGCUGACAGCCUCAGCAUCUAGCCCAACCAGGAGGAAUCCACCCAGGAAGAGGUCAAGGAAGAGUUAUGAUACUGAGGAAGCGCAGAUCAAGGGAAAACAACCCAGAAAGGUAGCUGCUCCAAGACAGGCAAGCUCAAGGAAGAAGGGCGGUGCACGGGGCAAUCCCCAGGAUGAGUCGCCAUUGGCGCCUCAUCCUGAAGUUUCUCCUGACAUGUCGGAAAAUGCUCCAAGUUCACAGCCAAGGGCAGUAGAGAUUUCACCUGCUGUCAUGUCAGGACUCACUCCAAAGAGGUUCAAAUUGACAGCAUUUUGUGGUUUGAUGGCCAUUACUGCUGCUAGAGGCAAGGACUAUAUUGAGGACCUGGCUUACUUUGUCUGUCCAUCUUCCAUGCCCAACCUCUCAACUUUUAAAAAGGGGGAACUCAAAAUACUCCGAUCCUCUGAACCCUCUGAGUUCUGUCAGGUUAUUAGAGAGCUGUUCCUUGUGGAAGGCGGGGAAAAGGAACCAUUCCUGCUUUCCACUGUGCUGCGUGUCGCAGAACUUGACCGAUGCACCCCUGUUCAGGUGCAUGAUAUGGAUGACCCCGAUCCACAUGCAGAAAACCGCAUCUACUCCACCACACUCUCCAGUGCAUGUGCUCAGAUGGAGGACCUGAUGAAAGGCCAGAUACUAAUGUGCUAUCUCUGCCUAGUAUGA